AUGGCUGAAUACAAAAUAUCAAUAUAUGGAAGCAAGAAAAGUGAGUUGGACAAUUUGGCAAGUUGGAUUGUAAACAAUGAAUUAUAUAGUGAGAAUAUUGUCUGGUUGAUUCAGCUACCCCAGCUUUACAACAUAUACAAAGAAAUGGGUAUUGUGACAUCAUUUCAGACCAUUCUGGAUAAUGUCUCCCUUCCACUCUUUGAGGUUACAAUCAAUCCAGAUUCACAUCCCCAGUUGCAUGCAUUCUUGAAACAGUUCUUAGUUUGCAUUGCGUUCAUACCUCUACAUUCUGUUCCAUUAUAUGGUGGGUUGGCCAGCUUCACAGAUGUAAGAGUAUUAUACGCUGUGAGAAUCUUUCUUGGCCUUCUUUCUGUCAUAUCUGAAGCUGCUUUAGUAGUAGCACUUUCUAGAAAGUAUGGGAAACGCCUUGCUUGUUACACACUCGCCCUUUUAUGCUUAACAAGUGAUUGCUUUUUUGCUAGCACAAUUUUUUUGCCAAGUUCUUUUUCUAUGUAUGCAAUUUCUCUCUCUUCAGCAUUGUUUCUUUUUGGGAUGAAUCUCAUGGUUGUUGCUGUUGUAGCAACUGGAGUUAUUAUUGGUUGGCAAUCUUCAGUCCUUGCUUUUCUUCCAAUAACAGUCUACUCUCUUCUUCGAAAAUUCAAAAGGGCAUUUAUAUCAGGGGCAUUUAUUUCAAUUACACUUUUGAAGCAUUUGGGAAGUUCUAUGGAAGCUCAAAAUAGGGAACCAGCAAUGAUAAAUCUCGUGUUGGUGUUCAUGACAACUGCAUCAAGCGAUGACCUUACAUGUGACAAUGCAAAUCUUGAAGGUGAAUCAGGGUCACGCACAAUUCUUGGUAGAUAG